AUGAAUGACUGUGAUCUUUACGAUCUUGUGGUCAACAACCGUGGGGGGUGGGCUAAAAAUCAGGUCAAGAUGCUCGCAGGCUAUCCUCAAGACAAUGAUCAAGAACAUCACUAUUUAUUUACAGUUUAUUUUGCAUCAAACAAUGGCAGAAAGGCUGCAGCAGAUACCUUUGCUCGCCUUCUCGAUUCCGGGGUUGGUUUGGUGGGCGCAUUCAACGUUCAUCCACCAUUCAAAACAGUGCAGAAAGUCGAUCAUCCCGGUUUCUAUGUCUUUGAUGGAGAUGCAACGGUGACACCCAAGUUCAUGUCCCUCGACCAACCCGUGCAGAACGAAUCUUGCUUUAUGGGACUCGGACAUCUCUUCAAAGGUCGUGACCACUAUGAGGUCCAAAGGCUGAAGCGAGUUUGGGAGAAUCAGCAGUUGCUCACUGGCAGCCUCAACAGCGCUGGUAUGUCUCAAAGCGUCGUCAAUCACACUGGCGACCAACAAAGCUUGACGAAUCUACGUAACGCACAAGUUUUCCACCCCACUCCACCACAUUUACAGCGUCCGACGACGGCCAACAUGUUCACAGCAUGGCUGCCACAACCACAACCACAACAACAGCCAUUGCAUUCUGUUCAUUCCAUGGUUUUACUAGGUGGAUACAAGGCAGAUGAUGGCAAGGAGUUCUUUUUGAUCCAGAAUUCUUGGGAGAACAUGCCAUUGAUUUUGGCUUCAACCAAGUACCUGAAUGCAUGCGGUGCUGUUGUGUAUUUUCUCAAAGACAAGCUCGGACAAUUACCAAACUACACUCGGAAGGCUGAGCCGGUCACAUCUUGCUCACUGCCCGGUAGGAGCAAAAACUCUCCCCACCGGUUCGCCCCCUGGGCCCCCCGGAAAAAUGUUAGACGACUAUGA